AUCAUUGGCCGUGGCAGUGGGACCUGAGUGGCACCUGGCCUUUGAAGGUAGCUACUUGUACCCUAACUCGAGUUCUUUUGCUGACAGAAGGUUCGAGGGACUUAUUUGCCACAUGUGCACAUUCUGAGAACAAGCUGUUGAAUCGGCUGUCAAUAAUGGGAAGAACCUACAUUGUAGAAGAGACUGUUGGCCAGUAUCUUUCAAGCAUCAACCUCCAGGGAAAACCUUUUGUCUCUGGUCUUUUGAUAGGACAGUGUUCAUCACAAAAGGAUUAUGUGAUUCUUGCCACUAGAACACCACCCAAAGAGGAACAAAAUGACAACCUCAAACAUCCGAAAUCUAAGUUGGAUAAUUUGGAUGAAGAAUGGGCCACAGAACAUGCUAACCAGGUGUCCAGAAUGCUCCCUGGAGGACUUGUGGUUCUUGGAGUAUUUAUUAUCACAACUUUAGAACUAGCAGAUGAUUUUCAAAAUGCCAUGCGCAGACUAAUAUUUUCUAUGGAAAAAUCUAUGAGUAGAAAAAGACUAUGGAAUGUCACAGAGGACGAGGUCUCAGAACGAGUGACACUUCACAUUUGCUCUUCUACAAAAAAAAUAUCUUGUCGAACUUACGAUGUCCACGAUCCAAAGAGUUCAGCAAGACCUGCAGAUUGGAAGUAUCAGAGUAGAGUGUCUGCCUCAUGGCUGUCUCUAGACUGUACUAUUCACGUUAACAUUCACAUCCCACUGUCGGCUACUUCUGUCACUUACACUCUGGAAAAAAACACAAAGAGUGGACUUACACGGUGGGCCAAGCAAAUAGAAAAUGGUGUUUAUCUGAUUAAUGGACAAGUUAAAGGCAACGAUUGUGACCUAUUAGAAGGACAGAAAAAAAAUAGAGGAAAUACGCAAGCAGCUGCUCAUUCCUUUGAUGUCCGAGUGCUAACACAGUUGCUCCUGAAUUCAGACCACAGAUCCACAGCCACAGUCCAGAUCUGCAGCGGGUCUGUCAACCUUCGGGGAAAUGUGAGGUGCAGAGCUUAUAUCCAUAGCAACAGACCCAAGGUUAAAGAUGCUGUGCAGGCAGUGAAGAGAGAUAUUUUGAACACAGUUGCUGAUCGCUGUGAAAUACUAUUUGAGGACCUGCUUUUGAAUGAAACUCCAGAAAAAAAAAAUUAUGAACUUCCUCAGCGAGUUUUUGUCCCCCUUCCUGGAUCUACUGUAAUGUUGUGUGACUAUAAAUUUGGUGAUGAAUCAGCUGAAGAAAUCAGAGACCACUUUUCAGAUAUGUUAGAUCAUGAGAUUCAAAUAGAAGACGUGGAAAUUGCAGAGGAAGUAAACACAGGUCAGUCACUCAACAUGAUGUCAUCUUGGUGCAGUAAAGAGAAGGCAAACGCUGAGACACUGGUGGAACCGGACAUACCUUUUGGAGAUGAACUGGGAGCCUCAUUCAUUUUAUGCAAAUGCAACUGAGUUGUCAUUAGCUCAGGACUUCCUGUUCUAUAGUAAGAUUUUAAAAAUGUUUAGACAGAUUCUCCAUUAUGUAGCCCUGAUUGGCCAUGAACUUCCUAUGUAGACAAGCCUGGCUUCAAGAAUCAACCUGCCUAGGUGUGUACCAUCGCAUGUGGUCUAACUUAUCUUUACAUGUAGGAGCACACUCUAAAAUAGUUAUGAAAGUAUACCAUCAUGCAAUGUAUUCAUAAGACAAGUCAUUUAUUACCAUUACCAAAUACUAUGUAUUAGACCAUACCAAGAACUAAUUGGCAGAAUGGGUAGAAUUAUAUUCCCAUCCUCACCAAUAUGCUGAUGCUUUAACUUCAAGUGCUUUAGUCUAUGACUGUUUUUGAAGAUACUUUUGUAGCAGUAAAAAUAAAAUAGCGGCGAACCGGUCCCUGCAAAUAUCCUGGUAGUCACACUCUCUCACUAUUUCUGGCUCUGGCAGGCCUUUGGAACUAGUGCUGCCCUCACUCACAGCUCUCUUGGCAGGGUUCCACCAUGCUAGGCAUACACAUCCCAAUUCUGUGGUGACCCGGUGCAUCCGGCCACCACACAUUCUCUUGAACUCAAUUAGGUCACCACAUGAAAGAACAUUUCACACAAUAACCUCUGAUACAAUCGAUAAGAUAUAAUUUGCUCAUCUAGACAACAUAAAAUUCUGUACACACCCAUCCCUUAAGAAUAGUCAUAACAACCUGUCAUAUGUGCAAAGAGGAAUCUUAAUAUCUGCCGUCAUGUUCUGUCGUCUGCCUCCUUGCUCUGGCCUCCUCUGCCUCUCUAAAACUUUUCUCCUGCCCAUCCUUCCUUCUCACCCAAUGUCAGGCCCUGUUCUAUCCUGUCCCUACCUUCACUUGCAUAGUGACAUCAACCUACUCUUAUCUAGGUGGGCGGUUUAUAUCCUUAUCAAUUGGUUGUGUUGUGGAUUGAGAAUUUAGCAUAUAAAUCUGAUUGUUGGGUUACAGUUUGUUGAGUCUUGAUUUUACCGGGUAGUUGGGAGUUUGUACUUUACCAGAGGGUGGUUGCUGAGAGUGUGGGCAGAGCCCGUGGCAGGGAGCCUCAAUAGGCCAGCUGCUGCUGGACUCCUUUUACUGGGUAACUAGAACCAGAGAGUUCAUAGCUAGCAGAGAGCCUCCAGGAGAGAUACUAAUCUGAGAUGAAUUAGUGCUAGUUGUUGGAACUGGAAUGAAUAAUCGCCAAGGUACUCGAGGGAACCAGUUCCACAGCUUUUUAUUUUACUGAAAUGUAUUUAAGAGAUGAUUUUGUUAAAUGAUAUCAUUAGCAUAGGCUCUAAUCACACUGUGCUAGCAUUCUUAUAACAAGAGGAAAUUUACAUGUAUAAAGGGGCACAAGGAAAGAUUACAUAGCAAGGAAAGGCCAUUGAGGACAAAGGGAAGUAGUAGAUAUUUGUAAGCCAAGGAGGGUGUACUUGGAAGAAACCAAAAAUGUUACUACCGAGAUCUUCAGCUUGCAGAACUGUGAGGAAAAAAAGAUUUCUGUUGUCUAAACAAACAAGUUAAAAUACAAUAAUAUUCUAUAAUCUGAUUUUAAAGAUAGACUGAUGUCAGAGAAUACAGUACAGUACUAACUACAGGAACAAAGGGGACAGAUAGGUAGUUUGGCAGUUAGAUAUGGAUACCUAUAUGUAUAAUAUGUUAUAUAGAAACCACACUGAUAGGAAGCCAUAACUUUGUAGAUUGUACAUAUUUUUCUGUUUCUGGGAUUGAGUCAUGCACUAACAAUAUUACCUUUCACAUUAGUAAGUGUAACCCUUUUAGACUCUACCCAGGUUUUGAAACAUGAAUCAAUUAUAACCAAGCUAAUAAAAUUCAUUAUUAUGUAUUGAUUUCCUGUAAUAUAUUGAACAUUAGGACUCUAAAGGUACCAUAUAGUGAUACUUCUCAAGAGUCUUGCAACACAGUAGAAUGUACAGAAAAAUAGAUUGUUGUGAGCCAGGUAAUUAGGUCUAUAAUAGAAAAGUGGACAGAGUGCCAGAUAUGCAAUAGGGGCACCAUCUCAGGGAUGCUUCUUGACUUCAAGUUGAUAUUGAAGGAAGAAUUAAGUAAAAAUGACCAGGCAUUUUAGAAGCUGAACACUGGUUUGAGAUGUAGCCAAGAAUAAAAAUUAUCUAGAAUUAUGUUAGCUUUGCUUCACUCAGAAUUUGUUAAAUUGGAAGGGAUAUUUUAAUAAUUAUAUAUAGUUUUAAUAGUGACUGUAGUCUUUAUUAUUAGGUGGUAAGGUAUAAAACCACAAGUUUGAUGAAUAUAUUAAGGGUCUUUAGCUAAACUUCCUAUUUGUUUGGGGUUAUAUGCAUUUGUCUAUUCAUUUAUUCAGUUUACCCAGACACAUUGGGCGUAUAGUUUUAUUUUUUCUUUUAGAUGCACAAUGAAAGCUUUGUGAUGUGAUAUGAGUCUAGGCUUGCCGCUAAUAGCUGUAUGACCUGUGUAAAACCUUUCUAAGCUCCAACUCCUUUGGGGUAUUUCUAAAAAGAAAUACAUAAUAAAUGCUUCAGUACUUUAUCACAUAAUUAGUUUCUUCUCCAUGAACUUCUUUAACAUUAACACAAAUAUCAGUGGUAAAGUAUGAACAUAGAAUUUAGUAAUGUACUCAGAUUUACAUAAAUAUACCAGGGUUUCUAUGUACAAUAAAUCCCAGAAAAUUAUUGAGAUUCAGAAAUUUAGGGCAAGUAAACUUUCUAAAUAUUUGGUAUUAUUUCUAAAGUUUUGAAAUUAUUUUCUUGACUAUUACUAUUAUUUUUGUUCUAUAAUGUAGUUGUCAAAUAGUUGCUAUGUUUAAAAAUACAUAUUUUACCAUGUAAAUAUCUUCAAAUCACAUACCUUUAAAGGAUAAAGGGAUAAAAUGCAA